AUGACUUCACAAUUAGAAAAUGACUUAUCUAUGAAAACAUAUCAGGUAGGUGUACAUCAUCUUUUGUUGUUUUUGAUCAGUAAUAAUUCACUUUUAAGCCUGAAAUUUGAUGGAGCACUUUUGGAAUAUUUAAAUUUUUGAAAAGUUCGUUUUGAGUUUAUUUAAAUUUAUAAAAAGUGUAACAUCAGUUUUUGUAUUAUUAUAGAGUACAUUUCAAAUUAUAGUACAAAUUCUGUUUUGAAAGGUACAAUUUCAGAUUUUGACUAUCAUGUUCUCGUUUUUGCUUUGUUUGGGCGGAGUUAUCUACAUUAUUUGGUCGUUUUUUGUUGAAAGAGUAAGUUCAUCUACUUUAAUAUUGACAUCUAUGAUAUAAUUAUCUAUAUUAGUACAUCCGUUUUUAAGAUAUAAUUAUCAUUUUAAUUAAACAUAGACGCCAGUUCAUUCUUCAAAUUAUAGCGUUUUAUUUUGACAUACCUUUUUCUUUAAAUUACUAUUGAUAUUAACCCACCUAUUUCAGGAUGUAAAGACGGAAUUAAAAGAAGGAAGGGCGCGAAUUGAGGAUGACAUGAUGACAUACCCGCGAUGUCGGACAGCGGCAGAAGAAUAUGGUCUGGAGGUGGUGACACCGUGGAAGGAUUACUUUACCCGAGAUACGAAGCCUUUUCAUCCUGUUAAUUGA